AUGCCCAUUGAAAAUGAUAAUCUUGAUAGUGUGCCAAUUGUUGAUGAAGUUAAUAAUGAUGAUGAUGCCGAUGAUGAUGAUGAUGAUGAUAAUGGUCCUAGAGAUAGUUUGAAUAGACGUUUUACGGCUAAUUUGUAUACUAGAGCUUUAGCAAAUGGAGAGGUGUGGGAUAGAGAUUGGCUUGUUUAUUCGAAAGAGCUUGAUAGAGUAUUUUGUUUUUGUUGUAAAGUUUUUAAAAAUGGGAUUGUUAGGGGACAAUUAGCAAAUGAGGAUUAUAGUGAUUGGGAGAAAUUGUACGAAGAUAGCAAUGGAAACUUUUUGGGUUUGAUUGAAAUGUUAGCUGAAUUUGACCCAAUCAUCCAAGAACAUGUUAGACGUGUUACAACUCAAAAAGUUCAUAUUCAUUAUCUUGGGCAUAACAUACAAAAUGAGUUGAUUUCAUUGCUUGGUUCUGCAAUUAAAAUUGAAAUCAUUAGAAAAAUCAAACAGGCAAAGUAUUUUUCAGUGAUACUUGAUUGUACUCCUGAUGUUAGUCACCAAGAGCAGAUGUCUUUGAUAAUAAGAUAUGUGGAUAUUUCUUCAGCUUCUGUUAGUAUUGAGGAAUCAUUUUUAGGAUUUUUGAAUGUGAAUGAUACAAGUGGUCAGGGGCUUUUUGAUGUUUUACAAAAUGAAUUGAAAGAACUUGGUCUCGAUCUAUUUGACGUGAGAGGGCAAUGUUAUGAUAAUGGGUCCAAUAUGAAAGGAAAACACCAAGGUGUGCAAAAGAGAUUAUUAGACAUAAAUUCGAGAGCCUUUUAUACUACUUGUGGUUGUCAUAGUCUUAAUUUGACAUUGUGUGAUAUGGCUAACUCUUGUAUUAAAGCUAUGAAUUUUUUUGGAGUUGUUCAACGCAUUUAUACAAAAUCAUUGUCAUCCACUCGUUGGGAGAGUCGUGUAGAAAGUGUCAAAGCUAUAAGAACUCAAAUGUUAGAAUUUACAGAAGCUUUACUUGAAGUGUCAGAAAAUGAUCUUGAUCCUAAAAUACAAAAUGAAGUUAAAUCCUUAGCAACAAAUGAGCUUGGUGAUUUUGAGUUUUUAAUGGCUAUAAUUAUUUGGUUUGAAAUAUUAUCUGCAAUUAAUUCUGUUAGCAAGCUUUUACAGGAAAAGGAUAUGCUUAUUGAUGUUGCUAUGCAAAAAAUUAAGGAGUUAAUUUCGUAUUUUGAGGGAUAUAGAGAAACAUGUUUUUAUAAGUUAUUCAUUAACGCUAAGGAAAUUGAGGUGGAAUUGAAUAUUGCCCAAAUAUUUCCUCAAAGGCGUAUAAUUAGAAGAAAAAGGCAAUUUGAUGAGAAUUUGAAUAUCCUAUCAGUCGAGCUAUCAGAAGAAGAAUCAUUCAGGGUUAAUUAUUUACUUUACCUUGUUGAUCAAGCUGUUGUUUCUCUUAAUAAGAGGUUUGAGCAAUACCAAGAGUAUGAAAGUAUUUUUGGUUUCUUGUUUACUUCUCACAAGUUACAAUCAUUAGAUGAUGCAACUUUGAAGUCUUGUUGUACUAACUUUGAGCAGGCAUUGAAACAUAAUGAGCAAUCUGAUAUUGAUGGGAAUGAAUUUUUUGCAGAGUUGAAGUUACUAAGAGAAAUGUUGCCUGAAGGAACCAUAAGACCUACUGAUAUAUUAUUAUUAUUUUUAAAAGGAUUGGAUUGUUUUCCUAAUACAGUUAUUGCAUAUAGAAUCUUAUUGACUAUUCCUGUGACAGUUGCUUCAGCAGAAAGAAGUUUUUCAAAAUUGAAAUUGUUAAAGACUUACUUGCGGUCUACCAUGUCACAAGAAAGGCUUAAUGGAUUGGUAUUAAUAGCUAUUGAAAAUGAUAUUUUGGAGACAAUAAAAUAUGAAGACUUAGUUGACUAUUUUGCUUCAAAAAAUGUUCGUAGGAAGACUCUUUUUAUCUGUGAGGAAUGUGGAAACACUGAAAGUUUGUUUAGCGAAGGGUUACGUCCCUACUUUUACAAUCCAAAUGGAGAUGAUGGUGGUGGUGGUCUUCAAAGAUUAAUGACUGUUGCUCAAAGUGGUCACAAAGCAGCAAAUGUGUAUGGUAUGAUAACGUUGUCUUCAGAAAAUGAUGAUUCAAGAAAAGAAGGAAUUGAACAUUUGCGUCCUGUCCUCUAA